AUGCAGUUCGGACCAGGGCAGAAGGCCGUGAUGAUCGGCUCGCUCGAAGUGGCGCGCGACCUGCUGGACAAGCGCAACGCCAUCUACAGCUCCCGCCCGCGCGCGCCCAUGGUCCAGGAGUGCAUCUCGCGCAACCUGCGCAUCCUGUUCCUGCCGUACGGCGACCGCUGGCGGGCCUACCACAAGCUGCACGCGUCGGUGCUCAACGUGCGCGUCUCGGACGCCUACCGCCCGCUCCACGACCUCGAGAGCCGGCAGCUGCUGCGGGAGCUGGCCGAGCCGGACGCCGGCGAGCGCUUUGCCGAGCGCUUCUUCCGCUACUCGGCCAGCCUCGUCUACAGCCUGGCCUACGGCAUCCGCCUCGCGCGGGGCGACGAGCCCGAGCUGCAGACGGCCAACCAGGUCAUGCACGAGCUCAACCAGGUCUUCCUGCGCACCUGGCUGGUCGACGUCUUCCCCUGGGUCAAUGUCCUGCCUACGGCGCUGGCGCCAUGGAAGCGCACGGCCGACCGCAUGCACGACUUCGAGUCGGCCUUCCUGGCGGGCCUCGUGCGGUCGGCCGAGCAGAAGCCCGGCUGGAACUGGGCCAAGAACAUGCUGGCCAUGCGAGGCAGCAGGAACAUGUCGCGCACCGAGCUGGGCUACGUGCUGGGCGUGCUGUACGAGGCCGGCAGCGACACCACCGCCAUCGCGCUGUCCGUGUUCGUCAUGGCCAUGGUGCUGUAUCCGCGCGUGGCACGCAAGGCCCAGGAGGACAUUGACCGCGUGGUCGGCCCGGAGCGGAUGCCCACCUUUGACGACCUGCCGAAGCUGCCGUACAUCGAUGCCGUCGUAAAGGAGGUCCUCCGCUGGCGACCCGUGAUCCCCGGCGGGAUCCCCCAUGCCGUCACCCGGGACGAUGAGUACGCCGGAUACCGCAUCCCCAAGGGGACCGUCCUCAUCCCGAAUCUAUGGGCCAUGGCCAUGGAUUCGCAGUUGUUUGAGCAUCCCAGCGAGUUUAUUCCGGAAAGGUGGAUCGAAAACCCCGAUCUGCCGCUGUUUCCGUUUGGCUUCGGCCGGAGGGUGUGCCCUGGACAACACGUCGGCAAAAACUCCCUGCUGAUCAACACGGCGCGCAUGCUUUGGGCAUACAACGUCGAGCAUGCCUACGAGCUGAGGGACGGGGUGAAGACGAGAUGCCCAGUCGAUCCCAUGGCCUUCACAAACACUUUCAACUCGCAGCCGUUGCCCUUCAAGGUGUCUUUCGUCCCGCGGAGGGAAAGUGUAUGUCGAGUCAUGCAGCGUGAGUGGGCUUCGGAGGAGAAAGACCACUUGAUCCAUCUACAGCACCUUCAGACCAAGAUGGAGACCACGGCGAAGCGGGAUGCGGAGGAAGCGGACGGGCUUUGACAGGUAUAGGAUGAAGUUGAAGAAGGACAAAACAAACUUAAUGUCUGAGCACC